CCUUCUUGUUUUCUCCCAUUAACUGCUCCGCUGAGAAACUUUACUAAAACGACUGUCAGUGAGCCACCCAAUCUCACAGACAACACUCUCACAGGUUUGAUGACCUAGGGUUCCGAAAACCGUUCGAUUUCAGGUUGACGACCUAGGGCUCUGAAAACCGUUUGAUUUUCAGGAUUGACGACUCAGGGUUCUGAAAAACGUUUAAUUUUCAGGUUCAUUUCUGACUCACACAGAGAUUUGAAGGUUAUACUAGUUCUAACAGGCAAUCAGGCAUCUGUUAACGAUGGGGAAAUCUCCUGGAAAGUGGAUCAAGACUGUGCUUUUUGGGAAAAAGUCAUCAAAAUCUAAUCUCUCUAAGGGUGCUACUUUAGACAAAAAGGCAUCCAUCAACCGUAAGACACAAUCAAAGGAUUCUGAUGCUGAUUCUAUGGUGAUCUCAAGCCCAGUGCCUCAUGUUAUGCAUGCUAGUGGAGAACAUACAGAGUUAGAGAAGGCAACCAGCACCAACCUAACAAGUGAUACAGUUGAAGUUGUAAGAAGUAACUUGGCGUUGAAUACUGCAAAUGAAGAUGAGUUUAUCAGGCUAGAGCAAGCUGCCACAAUGGCACAGGCAGCUUGCAGGGGCUACUUGGCUCGUAGGGCAAUUUGGGCCAUCAAGGGCAUUACAAGGCUUCAAGCACACAUUCGUGGCCAUUUGGUUAGGAGACAAGCUGUUGCUACUUUGAGUUGCAUGCGUUCAAUUGUCGAAUUUCAGGCACUAACUCGUGGCAUAAUUGUCAGACUUUCUGUUGAUAAUCGUCACGUGCUCCAAAAAUUCACAGCAGGAGAACUUUUGGAUAAGAAAAAUACGGGUUUACUUAAAAAAUCUCUCCGAUCAGAGAAGCUAUCAAUAAAUGCAUUUGGCACUAAGCUUGUUGCUUCAUCACACUCUACCAUGCCCUUAAGCAUCCAGUAUGAUCCCACUGAACCGAAUUCAGCGAGAAACUGGCUUGACCGUUGGUCAACUUCCUACUUUUGGGAACCGCUCCCCAAACCGAAAAGAGUUCCCGAUACAAAGCCUAAAAGAAAGCAGAUGAAAUCGCAGCAUGAAGAAACAGAACCCGCGAGGCCAAAGAGAGGUGCUCGUCGAGUUUCUGCACCGAAUCUCGAGGGUAGAUUGGUUAAUUCAUCCGAAAAUGAAAAAUCAAAGCCUACGUUAAGGAAGGUGUCUAGUCAGCAAAAGGACUCGGUGCAGGAGCAAUCUCAUAUUGAACUCGAGAAGGUGAAACAAAGCCUACGAAAAAUUUCUGUUUCCGUUUCAUCUGUCGGGCCAUCAGAAAAGCCUGAAAUCAUAACCGAAAAUUCGGAAACUAGUUUGGGCACAGAUCAGUCUUUUGAAAAAGUAAAUGAUUUAAAUGAUGAAAUGACCAUUUUGCCCCUGCCUGAACCACUUCCCGUUCCACCUCUAGAGGAGGAUAAAGCUAAACCACCACACAAUGUUUUGCAAGAUAAUAAUCAUACUGUUGAGAUUGACCCUCCUGAGAUAAAUGGCAAAGAAAGUCAGAAAGCGAGAAGGAGAAAAUCUUUUCCGGUGAAAGAAGAGCAUCAUCCCGAGAGUGUGUUACAGAACACGCCCACUUUGCCAAGUUAUAUGGCGGCAACUGAGUCGGCGAAGGCCAAACUCAGAGCACUGGCGCUGGAAGAUGGAGCUGAAAGUGGUUUUGUUAGGCGGCAUUCUUUGCCGUCCUCUACCGGAAAACUGAGCUUGCAGUCUCCUCGGGUGCAGAAGGCUUUACAAGCUAAUGUCAAAGGAUGGAGUAGAAGUAACAAAUCCCAGAUAUCAGCUAGAGAUGAUAAGAUGCUUCAGACCGGGUGGAAGAGGUGAGUGCGGAUUUCCGUGAACCCUUUGAGUAAGAAGUUGAGAGACCGUCUCUUGCAGUUUGUCAAGGUGUCUACGUGCGAACUACUGUUGUGGGGCAUUGCUAGAUGUUAAGAAAUAACUUGUAACCGGUUGUUUUAUCUAAUUUUCUUCUGCCUUUAUUAGCGAAUUUCAGAAUGUAUAUGUUACAUCAAGUAAUAUCAAAUUGGUACUGUCAGUAUAGUGAUGAACCCAUAGGUUAUUUUGGGGGCAUUUGUUUUAAACAUCAUUGACGUGUUUCAUGUUAGACGUGUACGUUUGAGUUAUUUUUAGUUUAGAGACGGUUACUUUUACGGUUUA